CUCCAAGUUUGACGACUUCAUCACGGGGAAAGGUAGAUCGCUGAUACCCUCCCUUCUGCUGCUUUUCACUAACACAAUCACCAGGUCGCGGAAUGGCCUUCUUGCUAUGCGGCCCGCCAGGAGUUGGCAAAACACUGACCGCAGAAUCCAUCGCCGAACAGAUCCGCGCCCCGCUCUACACCCUCAGCGCCUCGGAACUCGGCAGCUACCCCAGCGUCCUCGAGACAAGCCUCAACCGAGCCCUUAAGCGCUGCGCCCUCUGGAAAGCCGUCCUGCUCAUCGACGAGGCAGACGUCUUCAUGGAGCAGCGCCACGUCGACAGCAUCCACCGCAACAGCCUCGUCUCCGUCUUCCUCCGCCUGCUCGAGUACUACGAAGGCAUCAUGUUCCUAACCACCAACCGCGCGCGCGCCCUCGAUCCGGCAUUUGAGAGCCGGCUCGACCUCAUCAUGCCGUACGCCGAGCUCGACCGCGCCGCAAGACGGGAUAUCUGGACAAACUUCAUCGGCAGGCUGGGCGCGGGCGAGCAUGCGAUUGGCGAUGCGGACUUUGACGGGCUGGCGAAUGUGGAGCUGAAUGGGAGGGAGAUUAAGAGUACGGUCAAGACGGCGCUGGUGCUGGCGAGGCAUGAGGGCGGCGUGUUGAGCAGGGAGCAUGUGCAGACGGUGUUGGGCUUGCGGCAGAAGGCGAGCAAGUAUCUCAAGGAGUGAGAUUGGCGCUGGCAUAAUUAUCGCUGGGGGACGAACUUAUUUGAUGACGUUAUGUAAAUCAUGAUAUGUAAUGAAGGGGUGUUCAGUCUUGAAGCAGCAUCCAAUCCUCAUAUUUCCAGGGUCUGCAUCGUACGAGGGGUCUAGACCAGCUGAAAACGCUGCAUGCAUCCACGCAUCCACCCAUGCAUGUGAAACACGAGGGCGUCCCCCCCAGAAACUUACCA